AUGAGCCGGCUUCGUCAGGUAGGUUAAUGUCAUUCACGCAAAUUAAUGUCCUAAAAUUAACAAAUUAUCUAUAAACUGGUAUUUUUAAAACGGUAUUGUCCUAUUUUUCAAUUAGUUGCAAUUUUAUAACGCAACUACUUGGUUCCUUUCUUUUUGCGUCAUCGCUGACUCAUUAUUUAUAAUAUGUCGUUGAAUUUGUCGCAAUUUACAGUUUUUCAAUUUUUUAAAUAUUUUUAUUUUAUCAUUUUUUAAUUUUAUUCUAUUUUAACUAUUUAAACCAUAUUUCUUUGUUUUCCUAAAUUUUUCCGUCAUCGCUGACGAUUAUAUAAAAUCGGUCAUGUUUUGCGUCAAAAUUAAUAAAUUUCGAGAUUUUUUAUUUUGACGGUCUUUUGCAAAUAUUUGCGGAUCAAGCUCUUCCUCCCCAUCCCUUUAUUUGGCCAUAACCAAUAUCCCGAGACCUGUUUCGACGCUAAAUUUCGAAAUUGUAUUGUCUAAUAUAUUAAUUUUGGUUCGGUAACUCUUGGCAGUGUUAUAUUUAGUUAUUAUCAUUGUUUAUUGUGAAUUAGAAGUGUAGAUUGAUAAUGGAUGUUCCGCAAAUUGUUCUUGACGCGUCUGAUGAGGUAAAAUACGUCUUUAUUAGAGGUAUUGUUGCAAUUUUGUGAUUUUAGGUAUCAAUUUUAUAUCUUUCUCUUCUAAUUUAUCAUUAUUUUGCCUUAUUUUGUUCAGACAACUUUUAAAUAGAUUCUUACAAGUUCUCAAUGUCUCAAACGCUUUAUGAAGCAAUGAACGUAUGACUAAAGUCGUCUUUCACCUUGAUCACCUUCUCAACCUCAAAAGUCUUGAUAAAGUGCCAGAAAUUGCAAAUUGUUUUUAGGAGAGGAUCCGGAACGCGUUUCAGGCGUCGAGUUCGAUGGGUUUGGAGGCUGGAGCAGCGAGUUCGACGGCGGUGGCGUCGCGGUUGUUCGCGCGUUCCAGGAAAAACUCGUAUUCUUCGGAGCCGGAGCUGAUUCAGAUGGACGGGAGCAGUAGUGAUCCUUCAGAUCCAGUUGGUAGCAUGGCUCUCGAGGUAGGGAUUUGCUUUUUUAUUGAGUUUAAGGGGGUGGCAAAUUAAAUGUUAUUUUUGAGAGGAAAAGUCAUGACUUUUGGGGAAUUUGUAAGAUAUUAUACUUGAUCAAUUUUGAGGAGAGGUUUGAAGUCAUUUUAUAAUUUGUAUCUUUGAUUUUGAUAUUUUUUUGAUUAAUGUUAUGUCUUUUACGUUUAAAAAAAGUGGUCUUAUAGAGUAAAUGCUCAUAUUUCUAUUCAAAUUCUAAAAUACUUGAGAUUUUGCCAAAAACGGCAUGAUGUAUAUUAUCAUAAAUCAUGCAAAUGAGCAUGCCGAUGUUCUGGCCGAUUAAUCCUCUCUAAAACACAUCGAGCGCAUUGCCAUUUAACCCAGCUCGUUUAUUUUUAUGAUACGUCUUAAUUGUGGCGCUAGAUUUAUCUUCACCAUGAGUUAUCGAGGUGGGAUGGGCUGACAUGUGGUUGUGGUGGGCAUUAACCGAACUUGUUGUUUCUUAUUAGGCUUUACAAUAUAGGCCGUAAGGGAUGUUUAGCGUUUAAAACUUAGUUGCAAAUUUUGAAAAAUGCUUAUUUUUGCCAAAAUGUUACCUAUAAUAAUAUAAAUUUUAAUUUUAGUGUUUUUGGGAGAUUCUUAUGUAUUUUUGAAGAACAUCUUACUGUAAAAAAUUUUUUUCAAUGUGUUUUUUAGUUUGUUUAAGUAUGUUGAACCUUUCUAAUCAAAAACAUAUCACUUUAAUACUUGAUAACUAAAAGCCGCCUUCCCAUGAUAUAAAACGUAACAAAUCUCUGAAAGAAUAAUAAAUCUUCAUGUCAUUUGUUAUUGAAUCACCUUUGGCCAUAAGUCUUUAAUUAAAUUCUUCGAGCCGCUCUCAGAGUUUAAAGCUGUGACAUUUUAAUUUAAACUUUGACGCUUUUUCAAUUUGUAUCAGGCUUGGUAAAGGUAUCUAUGAGUAACGUCUUUUGUCAAUAUUUUAAUUACUGUUGUCUUUAUAUCUAUUUAUAUAUUUUGAUUACUUUUUUGUAUUCUUUGUUUACAGGUUUAUAAUUGAACAAAAAUAUCUUAUUUACCUUUGUUAGAUACCAUGGUGACAGAUAUUUCGAGGGUCUUGUUGUAGGUGGGAAUUAGCCAUGCUUAAGUUUGUCAGAAAUUUAUUUUGUCAUAACUGGAAAUAUACUUUAUUUCACGGUAAAGCUGGGGAAACAUGUUUUAGUUUAAAAAAAGUGUUGGUAAAGAGAGAAGUUAAAAGUUUUUAAAAAUAUUUUAGCAAAGUAAGAGCAAGUUUUACCUGAACUCACGCUGGUUUUUAAAUAUUGUUUUUAUACAUUUCGUUAUUCAUUUUCAGUUAGUAAAACAAAAAACAUCGAAACGUUCACAAAAAUCGUAACAUCUAAGACAAACUAAAACAAUAUUUCUUGUUUUAACCAUAAAUAGAGGCAUUUCCCUCUCUCCCGCUAGCUUUCCCGGCCUCUUCAUCUACCUGAAUGAAAGCACAGGUACAUGAGCCUCUCGAGAGUGUGCACACACCAACGAGACACCACCAGACAGUCAAACGAGGGUUUGUUUUAAAAGUGCGCGAAUUGGAAAUUCGACAGCUUUUCGAGAUUGGUCAAGUGUUAAAGCGGUUUCAAACGGUUACUACUUUAUUGUUUUUUGCAUUUCUGAUGAGUUGGGUUAUAUGACAGGUGUUGGUUGGGAGGAAAAGCGGCCAAACAAGGGGUAUUUUUGAGAAAAAUUGAAGUUUUUUAAUUAAAAGUUUUUGAAAAUUGCGGUUUUGAGGUAACUUAUAAUGCUAAAUCAUGUUUUUACGUUCUUAAAUUGUGCUUUUUCAUUAAUUUUUUUAAGGGUUCCGUAUUUUCACAGUAUUAAACUGUUUUAAUUUAAUUUCUCGUAUUCAAUGAUUCAAAAACACUUUAUCAAAGUGUUCUCACUAAAUUGAAAAGUCUUUUCUCUACAAUAACUCUGAGUGUUUCAAUAUUUUUCGCCUCAGGGGAGACGGAAGGAGAAUAAAAUCGGGAUUUAUGAAUUUACGGAGAUUUUUUUUUGAUUUUUUUCUUUGAAAACGGAAGCUCCGACAAAUUUGUUGGUGGAUUUUGUUUUAAAUAAAGUUUAAAGUGACUUUUGGGGUUGGGAAUAUGAGUUGGGAUUCGACUUUCGAAUUUGAACUGUUUGUGGGAUUGAAUUCGAGUUGCAAAGUAAAAGUUUGGGUUGUUAUUUAGUUAUUAUAUGUUUUACUUUGAGGGACAUCAUAAGAGAUACGUUUAAAAUUCUUACUUUUUACUUUAUGAACUAUAAGAAACAUAUUCAAGUUUUAUUGUUUUGUUAUAUUUCGAAGAACGCAUAUUGUCAAGUAGAUGUCUGAAAGCUUUUAUCCGUUUAUGAGCGUUUGAAACAGUUGGAUAGUAGUUUUUCGUUUUUUUUUAAAUCUCGUCACUCGAGACGCGUUUCGAAAAUAGUGUUAUGAACGGAGUUUUGACAGUGUUUUGAUCGCCGAACUAACGUUUUUAUGUUGAAAAAGAUGAAAGGGAUUUUAAAUAACAAAUUCGGGGUAAAACUUGAUUUUUUGGCGUUAUCUUGGUCUAUACGCUGAUAGAGGUACUACUUAUGGGACCAGUACUUUUAGCAAACAAUGCGAAUUCCUAAAAAGUUAAAAUUUUAAAUAUUAUUUUGAGGGAAUGAGUUUUUUUUAUUUGAAGCAUUUAUGAUAAAAUACGGUAUAAUAUUACGGUUCAUUUUAAAACGCGCCACAGUUAUCAUUAUGUCUUGUUAGCUAAUUCUUGUUAUUGUAGAAGAAAGCUAAUAAUAAUUAAUAAGUAAUAAUUCAAACUCACAAUGAUACACGACGAGGAGGAGGUUGAUCAGGUAUAAUAUUUAUUUUUAUGGGAACUUUAUAAAGAUAUCAAAAGUGCAUAAAUAAUUUGUUAAAAGGGUUAUUUCUUAUUUUAAAAAAUCAAAAAAAAAUUUUUUAUUUAAGGUUGAAUUAAUAAAAUUCGAAGAGUUAUGUGAUUAAUAUGAAUUCCUAAUUUUAGAUGACUGACCUUUCCAAACGGCUACACGAAUGUCAGGAGGAGAAGAAUCAGCUGAGUUUGGAAAGGACGCGGCUUCGUGCCGAAAACAAUUCGCUACAAGAACAGAUCCACUCCCUCGAAUAUCAGCACGCUACAGCUGUAGCCAACCUGGAAGAACGGCUAGAAUCAGAGCGACAGCGAGCUAAAGAAGGUGUUCAACGGGUUGAGCGAGAGAAGCAGUUAGAGUUGGAGAGUAUCAAUUACAAACAACAAGUGCUGGAAAGGGAUUUGGAGAACGCAAGGAAAGAAUGUCAGAGGUUACAGGAUGAGUACGAUGACAUACGACACAAGUACGAUGUUCAACAGAACGAGAUGGACGACAUCAAGAAUUUGAAUUCAGAACUGGAGAAGGAGAAGAAAUUGCUCAGGAGUCAGUUUGAAACGUAAGGAGCUUAAUUUUUGUGAUACAUAAGAUCUUUUUAAGAUAUUCUGUUAUGUUAAUAGCGGGUUUUGUUUGUAAAUGCAGCUGUUGUCGUUUUCAAAGUUAAAAAAAGUUGGGUUAAGUUUUGUAAAUGUUAAUGCGUUUUUUUGGUUACAAAUUAGUCAUAAUGUUGUAGGUAUCGACGAGAAGCCGAGGACGAACUACAAGAACAACAGGAUAGGCUAGAUCAGCUGUCACAAGAAACUGACGAGCUCAGAGGAAUGCGAAAUGGAACGCGGCAAAGACAUGGAUCUGUUGAUCUAGUAGGUUAAAGUUUAACGUAAAACAGUAGCAUUUAUGUAUACUUGUAUUAUUUUACUGUUGAUAUGGGUUUUAGAAGAGUUUUGAUUAGAGAAUCUAGCUUCGAGGAACCGUAAAACGUCUGAUUUUAAUUCAUUGCACUUCGUUCUUUGUCUGAACCUAACUUUGUAUCAUUCUAGAUCCAAGAAUUGGAACUCCGAUGUGAAUCUCUAAAACAAGAUAACAAAGAAUUGCGAGAAAACGUGGAGGAACUGAAAGGACAACUCUUAACCCAGUCAGUUCAGUCUGGCCAAAUGUUGUUGGCCAAUGGACCGUCGUUGGCGGCCGAACUCAGCGGAAUGGAUUCGGACGAGGUCGGUUGGGCUAGCCGAUGCUCCGCCUGCUCGGACCACCAAGUCAAGAAACAAGAGGUCUUUUUUCGUUUUUUUCUUCGCUUUUUCGUUUGGCUAGCCGUUUGGCUGGGUCGAGGCUUGGGGGUGUUCGGGGCGAUCAAGCUUCUUUGGCCUAAAUGAUGUUGGGCUUUGGGCUUUUUUCGAUCUUAACACAUUUUUUUUAGUAAUUUAACGUUACUUUUUAACUCAAAUUUAAAUUAUUUAAAAUUCUAUUUAUAACUUUAUUUCAAAAUUUUACCUCUUUUAACUCAAACUUUACCUCAAACUCGAAGCUGAGCAUCUCCAAGCCCGACCUCAUGUACUGUUACCUAAUUAUUUUUAUUUUGCACUUUACAAUUUCUUAACGAUGAACUUUUAACAGCACUGGUGUUGGUUUUACUGUGAUUUGGUUUGCUAUCGACCAGUCGAUUCUAUUGUUUGUGUUAGUCGCUAUCUCUUUGGAAAUUUUUAGUUUUAGUAGGAUUAAGGUUUCGGUAACUUUAAAUUGUCUUUUGUGAAGGUACUGUAACUUUUUUAGUACUACAAAAUAUUUAAAAUCACAGUUUUUUGAAAAAUUACACUAGUGGUGUAUAUGUUGUAUUGAUGGUGCUACAAUAUCAUGUUAUAGUUGAUGGCUUUAGUUUGGCUUUAGUUUGCUUCACUUUUAGUUGGCUUGCUGUGUUACUUGUACCUUUUUAGUUGAAGAAAGACCUUGAGUUUCAGGUUAAUAACAGAGCAGUGCGCGAGAGUACUAAUUGGGUUCAAGACUAAUUGUUACCCUGACUAAAAGUAGAAUGUUAACAAAGGAUUAAUAGGUUUAUUAUGAUUUUAAGUUUGUAUAAGACAUUGUAGAAGUAGGUUUUAGGUACCAUCAGUCAGGAAAAUUUUAUUUUUAUGAUAGCUUUGUUCUUCAGCAAUUUUCAAUACUAUAAGCUUAACAAUUUCUCUUUAUAAUUUAGUUUAGGUAGUUAAUAUAUUUCUGUACUGACCUAUUAAUAGAAUCACUUAAAAGAAAUGUAAACCGGUUUACAUGAGUAAUUUAUUUAACUAAAACAACUAUUUAACCGUUUGAAAGUUUUAACUUUCUCAUUUUGUUACCUACCCUAAACGUUGUCGUUUUAGUUGAUGAAAGCCUUACACGAACAAGAACUGUGCAACCAACAGCUCCGCAAAUACAUUGACAACAUUCUGCUACGAGUCGUCGAGUUGUAUCCUGAGAUUCUGGAGAUCGCUUCCUCAUCGUGCCACCAGAAUGAAGCUAACAAACCAGGGUCGGCCACGACCACAGAAGCCCAUUGACAAUUUUGGGGCGUGAACAAAGGAGAGGAUAAGGCUUGUGGACACGGCAGCGGCAGCGAGUGUAGCCGCUGCUCCAGCCCACUAUCCAGUCCGAACACGAGCCGUAGCGCUUCCGAAGCCAACAGUUCUGUGUUCGGCUCAUUGAGGGCGGCGUUGGCGUACGCAUCGUUCCGCCGACCCCAGAAGCCACCAACCUCUCCAACGUUCACGUCCGAGCAGUGGACCACCAUUCCCGAGGAGCCGAGGUCACGGUCCGUCGAUGGAGAACAUAACACAUCGUUCGGUGCCAAGUUGUACUCGUACCUUCCUAGUUCGAGGCUGUUCCGAAGGAGCACGAAGCCAGAAGAUAUCAAAAUGGAGGAAAAAGACGAGAAUCCAGUUACGGCGGAUGAGAAUCGGCCAUCUCCACCUCCACCAGAUCCAAUCAUCGAACGGAGUUAA